AUGCCUCAGAGAAAAGUGUGUCAUUUGCUUCGGAACGGAGUUGCAGCGAUUUUUGGGCCGCAGAGCGCGCAUACCGCGUCUCAUGUGCAAAGCAUUUGCGACACUAUGGAAAUCCCGCAUCUAGAGACACGCUGGGACUACCGACUGAGACGGCAGAACUGCCUCGUAAACCUUUAUCCGCAUCCCACCACCCUCUCCAAGGCGUACGUUGAUUUAGUAAAAGCCUGGGGCUGGAAAAGCUUCACCAUCAUCUACGAGAACAACGAAGGGCUGGUGCGGCUGCAGGAACUGCUGAAGGCGCACGGGCCCAGCGAAUUUCCCAUUACGGUACGACAACUCAGCGAGGACUCCGAAUACCG